UCACGGGUGGCGGGAAGGAGAUUCGGAUUGUCUCGUCUCGGCAGCGGGAAGUGCUCUGCGGAGGAAAAGCGCUCCGGGGACCCACUCCACUCGCGGCACUUGUGCAGCUCCUGGAGGUCGACUCUUCGCACUUCGCCACCUUCCGGACCCACAGCGCCUCUGCCACCAGCUGCGAUGCAUGUGAUCAAGCGAGAUGGCCGCCAAGAACGGGUCAUGUUUGACAAAAUUACAUCUCGAAUCCAGAAACUUUGUUAUGGACUCAAUAUGGACUUCGUUGAUCCUGCGCAGAUCACCAUGAAAGUAAUCCAGGGUUUAUACAGCGGGGUCACUACUGUGGAACUGGAUACUUUGGCUGCUGAAACAGCUGCAACCUUGACUACUAAGCACCCUGACUAUGCCAUUCUGGCAGCAAGGAUUGCUGUCUCUAACUUGCACAAAGAAACAAAGAAAGUAUUCAGUGAUGUGAUGGAAGACCUCCACAACUACAUAAAUCCACAUAAUGGCAAACACUCUCCUAUGGUGGCCCAGUCAACACUGGAUAUUGUUUUGGCAAAUAAAGAUCGCCUGAAUUCUGCCAUUAUCUAUGACCGAGAUUUCUCUUAUAAUUACUUUGGCUUUAAGACGCUAGAGCGGUCCUACUUGUUGAAGAUCAAUGGAAAAGUGGCUGAAAGACCACAACAUAUGUUGAUGAGGGUAUCUGUGGGGAUUCACAAAGAAGAUAUCGAUGCUGCUAUUGAAACAUACAACCUUCUUUCUGAGAGGUGGUUUACCCAUGCCUCCCCCACACUCUUCAAUGCUGGUACCAACCGCCCACAACUUUCUAGCUGUUUCCUUCUGAGUAUGAAAGAUGAUAGUAUUGAAGGCAUUUAUGAUACACUAAAGCAGUGUGCCUUGAUUUCCAAGUCUGCUGGGGGAAUUGGUGUUGCUGUAAGUUGUAUUCGAGCUACUGGCAGCUACAUUGCUGGGACCAACGGCAAUUCCAAUGGCCUUGUACCAAUGCUGAGAGUCUAUAACAACACAGCUCGAUAUGUAGAUCAAGGAGGGAACAAGCGACCUGGAGCGUUUGCUAUUUACCUGGAGCCGUGGCAUUUAGACAUCUUUGAGUUUCUUGACUUAAAGAAGAACACAGGAAAGGAAGAACAGCGAGCCAGGGACCUUUUCUUUGCCCUUUGGAUUCCAGAUCUCUUCAUGAAACGAGUGGAGACUAAUCAGGACUGGUCUUUAAUGUGUCCAAAUGAGUGUCCUGGUCUGGAUGAGGUUUGGGGAGAGGAAUUUGAGAAGCUAUAUGAAAGUUAUGAGAAACAGGGUCGUGUUCGCAAAGUUGUAAAAGCUCAACAGCUUUGGUAUGCGAUUAUUGAGUCUCAGACAGAGACAGGUACCCCGUACAUGCUGUACAAAGAUUCCUGUAAUCGGAAGAGCAAUCAGCAGAACCUGGGAACAAUCAAAUGCAGCAACCUGUGCACAGAAAUAGUAGAAUAUACCAGCAAAGAUGAGGUUGCAGUUUGUAACUUGGCUUCCCUGGCCCUGAAUAUGUACGUCACACCAGAACACACAUACGACUUUAAGAAGCUGGCUGAAGUCACCAAAGUCAUUGUCCGAAAUUUGAAUAAAAUUAUUGAUAUUAACUACUACCCUGUCCCAGAGGCAUACUUAUCCAAUAAACGUCAUCGCCCUAUUGGAAUUGGGGUACAAGGUCUGGCAGAUGCUUUUAUUCUGAUGAGGUAUCCUUUCGAGAGUCCAGAGGCCCAGUUAUUGAAUAAGCAAAUCUUUGAAACCAUUUAUUAUGGAGCCUUGGAAGCCAGCUGUGAUCUGGCCAAGGAGCAUGGCCCAUAUGAAACCUACAAGGGCUCUCCAGUCAGCAAAGGAGUCCUUCAGUACGAUAUGUGGAAUGUCACUCCCACAGACCUGUGGGACUGGAAACUUCUCAAGGACAAGAUUGCAAAGUAUGGGAUAAGAAACAGUUUACUUAUUGCCCCAAUGCCUACUGCUUCCACUGCUCAGAUUCUGGGGAAUAAUGAGUCCAUUGAGCCUUAUACCAGCAACAUCUACACUCGUAGAGUCUUGUCAGGAGAAUUUCAGAUUGUAAAUCCUCAUUUACUGAAAGAUCUUACUGAGAGGGGCUUAUGGAAUGAAGAGAUGAAAAAUCAGAUUAUUGCUUGCAAUGGCUCUAUCCAGAGCAUACCAGAAAUUCCUGAUGACUUGAAGCAACUUUAUAAAACGGUCUGGGAAAUCUCUCAGAAAACCGUUCUCAAGAUGGCAGCCGAGAGAGGAGCUUUCAUUGACCAAAGCCAGUCUCUGAACAUCCAUAUUGCUGAGCCUAACUAUGGCAAACUCACCAGUAUGCACUUCUACGGCUGGAAGCAGGGUUUGAAGACUGGGAUGUAUUAUUUAAGGACAAGACCAGCAGCCAACCCGAUCCAGUUCACUCUAAACAAAGAGAAGCUGAAAGAUAAGGAAAAGGCAUCAAAAGAGGAAGAAGAGAAGGAGAGGAACACAGCAGCCAUGGUGUGCUCUUUGGAGAAUAGAGAUGAGUGUAUGAUGUGUGGGUCCUAAGGAAAGAAGAGACCAGCACUUCAAUAGCCAGACUACUUCUUGAGCAUAGAUAGGUGUAAUAGGUUUGCUUGAAGUGGUAAGCCUUUGCUGAACCUUUCUGUAGCCAAAGGAUCACUUGAUUUAAAGUAUUGUUUCUCUCUAUAAAGUAAUAGAGGAAUUACUUUUAAAAAAUUGAUAUAUUUGGAAUCAGUAAAAGUUUUAGAAUAAGGAUAAUUAAGUAGAGUUUCAUUCCCCACUUGGCACUUCUUUUUUCGGUUGACUUCAAUUUUGCUACAAAACAGGUUUGCUGCAAAAUUGUGUCUUAGCCCAUGAGAAGUGCUGACGGGACCUUUAUGUGGAUAGUGGUCAUUCUAUCUGACUUAUUUCACUUAGUAGCUUUUCAAAGUUUAUACAUGUUGUAGCAUGUAUAAGAAUUUCUUUCGGGGGGGGGGGGGUUGUUAUCUAAGGUCUGAGACAGUAGAAGAGUUAAAGGUGUCAUGACUUCAACUGUUAACUUUAUGGCUGGACAUCAGCCAAUUCUGGAGGAAGCUGUUAGGAUGUUUGCUCUCAGUGCUGCUUAAAGGUCUUAGGGUUUAAAAUUUGUGUUCCAUAGACAGUUCAGGUGUAUAUUAAGGCACCUUUGGCAUCAGCCUUUUGGUCAUGUCCUUGUUUCUUUUUUUUCCAGCUUGUUUUUUGUCAGAAAUUUUUCAUUCUUUC